AUGUCUACUUUCCCACCGCCACCGCCACCGCAGCCGUCAUUCACCUUUGUAAGCGGCGGUUCCGCCACUCCAACCAACCAAAUACCACCGUACAUGACCACAUCGUCUCCGUCCCCUUCCUCCUCAUCAUCGGUCGUUAUAGUAAUCAUUAUAGUCGCCUCUGCCAUCAUUGUCUCGGCCUCGAUUUACCUUCUUCUUCGUUUAAUUUCAAAGCGCUUCCACCGCUCAUUCCACACCUUCGCCGCUGCAGACGAUGUUGUUCUACGCCAUCAUUCAAAUCCGAACUUGAGUGAAUGCCAUGUGGUGUCGAGCAAUCUGGUCGAUUCUCUUCCUCUCUUCACGUUCGGCUCCAUCACUGGAAACCUUACAGGCGGUGAUUGUGCGGUGUGUUUGUCGAAGUUUGAGCCGCAUGAUCAGCUCCGUUUGUUGCCGUUAUGCUGUCACGCGUUCCACGCCGGGUGCAUUGAUACGUGGCUCUUGUCUAAUCAAACUUGUCCUCUUUGCCGAUCGUCCGUGCUACCUUCCGACUCGGAAGUACUGGAUAAAAUCCUGUUGGUUGAGACUGGCGUAGGUAAUAAUACUGACAAUAACUUUGAAAAUCGUAAUGGAAGUGAAAAUGGCGGGAGUUUUCGGAUUGAAAUGGGGAGCAUCAGUCGCCGCCGUGGCACGGAGGACACCGGCGGAGGAGGGCAGCGGUCUUAUUCAAUCGGUUCUUUCGAGUACAUUGUAGACAACGGCUACGAGGUUUCCGUCGGAUCCACCACUCACCGGAGAGGACCGUCUGAUUGCACUUCCGUUGACAAGGAGUCCUCAAUAGGAGUUCCGGUGGCUGAGUCUCUUCCGGCGGAGGUUUCGGCUGGAGAGGUUUCCCGCGGGAGGAACUGGCUUAGAGACUACGUCGACAGGCUGGCUUCGGUUUCUGUUUCGUCAAGAUCAUUGUCUUUCAGAAGCUCCGGCCGCUUCUUCACCGGCAGUAGCCGCCGGAGCGACACCGUCGUCCCCCUCGAGGAUCUGGAGGCGAACCGCGUCGGAGAAGAAAUCAGCGAGUUCUUUCGGUGGCUUUCCUGA